AAGUGCGCAAGGCGACCAACGCCGUAUAUAUACUUUGUCAAGUGGAAGGAAGAGGACGGACGGUUCCGACUCAUGACAUCUUCCCCACUUCGUUUCAUUCAAGAACAUCAAGUCGCCACGUUCAACUCACACAUCUCGUAAUCCACAAACCAAUCUCUCAACAUGCCCCGAGUAAUCUUGACAGGCGGAAGUGGAAAGGCAGGUCGACAUGUCAUCCCUUACCUCAUCUCCAAGGGCUACGACGUCCUCAACCUCGACCUCAUCGACUUUCCCGACCCAAAAGUACCCGUCUACACCCUCAAAGUCGACCUGACCGAUUUGGGCCAGGUCUUCAACGCGUUCACCUCGUUGUUCAACAUGGAGGAGUUUGGAAUCGAGAGACCCGGACCUCCCCAGACCCCGGAUGCUGUCAUCCACCUCGCCGCCUAUGCACGUAACAUGCUCGUACCCGAUAACGAGACGUUCAAGGCGAACACGCAGUCGACCUACAACGUGAUCGAGGCGGGAGUCAAGCUCGGUAUCAAGAAGAUCAUCAUCGCCAGUUCCGAGACUACCUACGGGGUGUGUUUCGCACAGGGGGACAAGGAUUGGCACCAGUUCCCUCUCGAAGAGGACUACCCGGUCGAUCCCGCUGACUCUUACGCCCUUUCGAAAUUGGUGGGCGAACUCACCGCCAAGACCUUCAACAUCCGUCGACCAGACGUCGACAUCUACGCUCUCCGAAUUGGUAACGUGAUCGAGCCUCACGAAUACGCCCAAAACUUCCCUGGAUACAUGAAGGACCCGGCUUGUAGGAAACGAAACGCCUGGUCUUACAUCGAUGCUAGGGACCUCGGUCAGAUCUGCCAUCUGUGUAUCGAGAAGAGCGGGCUCGGUUUUCAGGUCUUCAACGCGACCAACGAUACCAUCACCACCCUCGAGCCGACCAAAGAAGUCCUACAAAAGUACUACCCGAAUGUCAAGGUCACCCGUGAGAUGGGAGAAUACGAGGCGCCCUUGUCGAACAGGAAGAUCAGGGAGGUAUUAGGAUUCAAGGACGUGCACAAUUGGCGCGACUAUGUCGAUGUCGAGAAACUCAAGGCCGAGUUGUCUUGAGUGGAACGAGUGGGGGCUCUGCCCGAAAUGUAGCAGAUGUUCCAGACCAAAUGAUAAUAAAGCAAUCGAGUCUUGAAAGC